AUGAUCACUUUAUAAGUCAGGCUUAUUCAACUUCAUGCAGUCAGUUUGAGGAAUUGAGGAUAACCAAAGAAUGAUGCAGGCCUCAAUCACAUCCAUUUUGGUGGUUUUGACACUAGUUGCCCAAGACAGAUUGGCUGGUGGGCUGGAGCACAAAUCUUAUGACUACACAAAGUACCAUACCAUGGAUGAGAUAUCAGCCUGGAUGAAUCAGAUGCAAAGGGAAAACCCAGAUGUUGUGUCCACCAUGACAUAUGGACAAACAUAUGAGAAGAGGAACAUUACAUUACUAAAGAUUGGCUUCAGCAGUACCACACCAAAGAAAGCCAUUUGGAUGGACUGUGGGAUUCAUGCCAGGGAAUGGAUCGCUCCAGCUUUCUGCCAGCAUUUUGUUAAAGAGGUCUUGGGCUCCUACAAAACAGACUCGAGGGUUAACAUGUUGUUUAAGAACCUGGAUUUUUACAUCACCCCGGUGCUCAACAUGGACGGAUAUAUUUAUUCCUGGCUGAAUAACUCAACUAGACUAUGGAGGAAGUCUAGAUCACCAUGCCAUGAAAACUCUACAUGCUCUGGCACCGAUCUCAAUCGCAACUUUUAUGCAAAUUGGGGAAUGGUCGGGAUCUCCAGAAACUGCUGUUCGGAGGUUUAUAACGGUGCGACAGCUCUUUCUGAGCCCGAGGCCGAAGCCGUGACUGAUUUUUUGGGAGCUCAUCAGAAUCAUCUGCUCUGUUAUCUCACCAUCCACUCAUACGGUCAGCUGAUCCUCGUCCCCUACGGACACCCCAACAUCUCUGCGCCCAAUUACGACGAGCUGAUGGAGGUCGGUCUCGCUGCGGCUAAAGCCAUCAAAGCGGUACAUGGGAAAAGCUACAAAGUGGGCAGUUCUCCUGACGUGCUGUAUCCAAACUCGGGCUCGUCCCGUGAUUUUGCGAGGCUCAUCGGGAUCCCGUAUUCUUUCACCUUUGAGUUACGGGACGAAGGGCAGCACGGCUUUAUUCUGCCAGAGGAUCAAAUCCAGCCUACCUGUCAAGAAGCGUACGAGGGCGCAAUGUCCAUCAUAAACUACGUCCAUGAUAAGAACUUCAAAAACACAGCCAUUACAGUCACUGCCACACUGUGGACGACUCUCAUGGCCUUAUGGAUCUCCACCAGUCACGUGUUUUAA